GGGGAGGGGAGCGGAGCCGCGCGGCCGGAGGCUGAGGGGCGGUGGCAGCGACACGAUGGGGCAGUGCGGGAUCACCUCCUCCAAAACCGUGCUGGUCUUCCUCAACCUCAUCUUCUGGGCAGCAGCAGGCAUACUGUGCUACGUGGGAGCCUAUGUGUUCAUCACAUAUGACGACUAUGAUCACUUCUUUGAAGAUGUCUACACGCUCAUUCCAGCAGUUAUUAUCAUAGCUGUGGGAACGCUGCUUUUUAUUAUUGGGCUGAUUGGAUGCUGUGCCACAAUUCGCGAAAGCCGCUGUGGACUCGCUACGUUUGUGAUCAUCCUGCUCCUGGUUUUCAUUACCGAAGUUGUGGUGGUGGUUCUUGGAUACAUCUACAGAGCAAAGGUGGAAGAUGAAGUUGAUCAUAGCAUUCAGAAGGUAUACAAUGGAUACAAUGGGACAAAUCCUGAUGCAGCCAGUCGUGCUAUUGACUAUGUACAGAGGCAGCUGCGCUGUUGUGGGAUCCAUAACUACACAGACUGGGAGAAUACUGUCUGGUUUAAACAAACUAAGAACAACAGUGUGCCUCUUAGCUGUUGCAAAGCAACUCUCAGCAAUUGUACUGGCAGUUUGACCCGUCCAAUGGACCUUUAUUCUGAGGGCUGUGAGGCUCUGGUUGUAAAGAAGCUUCAAGAGAUAAUGAUGUAUGUCAUCUGGGCAGCACUAGCAUUUGCUGCUAUUCAGCUUCUGGGCAUGUUGUGUGCCUGUAUAGUAUUGUGUAGAAGGAGUCGGGAUCCUGCUUACGAACUUCUCAUCACUGGUGGAACCUAUGCCUAGAAGACAAUGUGAACAACGUGGUUCAAUCUUAUCUCGCUUUGUGGAAGGUGAAUGGGCCAGGUCUACUGCAAUAGUUUGCUUGUCCUAAGCUUAGUCAGAGCACACCUUACACAGAUGAGGAGAGCUGUACUGUACACUGGUGACGGGCAAAGCAACUCAGCUUUACACACACCCAUAUAUACCUGUGACUUUCACUGUUCUAGCCAGCAAUUCAUGUAUCUAAAUGUUUUAGUAUACUAGUAAACUUCCUGAUUUCAAAACUAUUUGCAAGUUAAGUGUAAAUUGGCUGAUGUGGAAGUCAAAGGAUGUGUGCCUACUUUGGUAGAUUACCUCUAAGCAUUAACUGACUGAUUCUUGCAUAGAGAGAGAAUUUGUUAAACCUUCACUACAUGGAACUUUUUUGGCCAAAGCUGUACAAAGGAAGCCAGCUGUAUUUAAUUUGAGAAGUAUUUUAGUCUUGCCCCUCACCAGUGUCACUUUUUAAAAACACUUAAGUGAAGUCCAGUACUCUUUAUAUAUAAAUAGUAAAACAAAAACUAACCAAAAUCUUAGGAUCAUGCGACUGCAGUUUCGACCUUCAGAGAUCAAACCUUUCAAGCAUUAGUGUUUUAAAAUACAAGCUGGCUUUUCAGGAGUAUAAUGUAUGCACUACUGUUCUAUAAUGAAAUAUUUCAUUUUUCUAUGAGGAGCGGUUUUAUGUGUUGAGUGAACUGUUAGAGUGUAGCUCUUAAACUGGUUUGGAAAUAACGUAGCCAUGUAGAGUAGCAAAGUAGUAUGUGAAAGUGAUCUCAACUGUAAAUAGUAAACCUGAUUAAAUAAAUCUCUGUAUAUCCGCCCUA